CCUGAGCCAUAGCUGCUGCGGCGAGCAUAACUAGAUGCACCAGCUCUUCCUCGCGACUGCCUGCCAGGGGGAGGGGGAGGGGGAGGGGUGGGGGUAGGGACAGCACCACCACUGCUUGGAGCUCGAUGUGUAAAAGGGACACCACCAGCUGUAUAUGCUUCAGGAUCACUAGCUGGUGAUGCAGCAUUGGUGUCGUAGCGACUGACAGUGUACUCUCUCCUCGUCAUUUCCAUCACUCGUUGUCGGGCAUCCGCCAGCCUCUGCUCCAACUGAAGCAAUCGCAGUGAAUCUACCCAAACCGUGUGCUGCACAGCGUUCUCGUGAUGGUACUCCAUCAGUCGGGGAUGCUUGGACAUGCUGUCACUGAGGAAAAAGAACUAGGUUACCCUAUGUGCUGCUAGCACUAGCACUUUCGUGCCUAUCUUCUCUACGCGGGUGUACUGCCGACACGAGCACAGUGCAAGCAAGGAAGCUAGCUAGCAAGCAGGCCAAAGGUUAUGCGCUCGGACUCGCCUUAAGUCCGUUCUCUCCAAUGCUCAGAGAAGGGAGAGAACAAGCAGCAGCAUUAUCAUCAUCAACAGCAGCAGCAGCAGCAGCAGCAGCAGCAGUAGGAGGAGGAGGAGGAGGAGGAGGAGGAGGAGGAGGAAGAUGGGGGGGAGAAAGCGGGAAAGGGAGAGGGGGAGGAGGAGGAGGAGGAGGAGGAGGAGGAGGAGGAGGAGGAGGAGGAGGAGGAGGAGAUUGCCGAUCUACUCCGAAGAUAUGCGAGAGAGCAAGCAAGCAAGGAAGAGGGGGAGGAGGAGGAGGAGGAGGAGGAGGAGAUUGCCGAGGUUGCCGAUCUACUCCAAAGCGUGUGGCUAAGCUUGUGGCUAUACUUGUGGCUAAGCGUGUGGCUAAGCUUGUGGCUAAAGUUGUGGCUAUACUAGUGGCUAUACUUGUGGCUAAGCGUGUGGCUAAACUUGGGGGUUAUCUUGGGGGUUAACUUGCCUUAUCUUGGGGGGUUUAACCUGCGGGCUUGACGUCGGCUCAAUUGAACUUGAGUUUAAACUUGAGAGUGAGUCGAGUUAACAGACUAAGAGUCAGUCAUUACGAGAGACGAUAGGGCGCAUAAGGGGAGUCGCUGCCUCUGUCACUUAGUCUGUUCGGGGACGCCGAGGCUCAGCUCCGACAGAGAUACGCCGUCACGACUGUGGUCACCGACUCGCCGUAGGGCCGCAGGCGAUAAGGCUGCCCGGCUCUGAGAGUGUCAAUCAAUAGUGUCGAGUAUU